AUCAUCGCCUCGCCCACCGAAAUCCUUCCGAGCUUUUGCCAUAGCCCGGAACUCUCCCUUACCUACUUCACCAUCAGCAACAAUCCCCCAAACCCACGGCCCGCCAACGAAACCGCCAAAAAACAACAGCCACAAUGCCGGCCCCGAACCUACGAUCGUUUUCCCACGAGCUCACCGAUGUCUGCACCCAGCCAAUGGGCUCCGCCUGCAAGAAACAUAGCCCUCCGCCUGUCCCGGACGCCUUCCACAGCCUCGUCGAGGACAUCAACAUAAUCCUGGGCCCUUCUUCGGGCAUCAACAGCUCAGAUGUCGACGUGCAAGACCUCAUGCGCGCCAUGGGCGACUAUACAUCUGUCGAACGUGACUGGGCGGAGUACGCCCACGCCGACUACAGUCGUAACUACACACGGAACUUUGUCGAUCACGGCAACGGGAAGGCGAAUCUUCUGAUUCUCGUGUGGUCGCCUGGAAAGGGCUCUUUGAUCCAUGAUCAUGCUGGUGCUCACUGCAUCAUGAAGGUGUUGAAAGGUACUCUGCGGGAGACCCAGUACGAGAUGCCAUCGGAUGCUUCGGGUGCUUCGGGUGCUUCGGGUGCUUCGGGUGCCCAGCCAUUGAAGGUUAGGAAAACCUCGCUUUACAACAAUGACGCUGUGACCUACAUUUCCGACGACAUUGGACUUCACAAGAUCCAGAAUGAGAGCUCGGACGAUGUGGCUGUGUCAUUGCACCUCUACACGCCCCCAUGGGCGGCAAAACGCGGCUGCUACUGCUUUGACGAACAGACCAGCAAGAAGACGAAAGUCGAGAUGUGCAACUACUACUCCGUCCACGGAGUCGUCAAGCAGCCAUUGAAGGUCCGCAGUUGCUAGGGUGGGGGGGGCCGGA